UGGCUCACGGGACGCACGCCCGCGCUCGAGGCAUUUCUCCGCGGAUGUGACACGCGCGUAUCGGACAUUAUUUUGUUGUAUCUAACUUUUUUAUUUUAGUGAUGAAUAAUAAUGCGGUUGGUGGCCGGUGUAGCGUGAGACCGUCUGUUGCUAAUCUGGCGAACCACAGUUGAGCUCCCGAAUUCAACUGACCGCGUUGUAGAAGCGCCUGGACUCGUGAGUGUUGUGCAAUUCAAGUGACAUAGAACUGUUCCGAGCCUCCGGAACUGCUAGAGAUCAAGUGAAAGUCUGUAAUUUCCCCCAUUUGUGUGGGAGUCCGAACUAAAGUGGAAAAACAAAGAAGAGCUUAGAAACAAUGGACCACCUGUUCCGGCAAAGGCGGAUUAGCGUGCCCAAGCGGACGAGCGAGCUGGUGGCGCUGGUGGCGGUGUCCUGCACUCUGUUCCUGUUCCUACACACGCGCGACCUCAGCACCCAGCUCCGACGUAUGCAGGGCCGCCUCAACGAUGACGUCACCGCCUUCAACCACCUCACUGACAGUGAGUGUCUAUGACUUAAGCUAAAGCCC